AGCCGUCCGAGCCACUCGCCCCCGCAGCCGCGACUCCAUCUCACAUGUCACGCGAACCGCGAUGUCGCUCCAACCGCGUAAAUAUUUAUGACGCGACCGAAUCCUCAUAAAUGGCAAUGCCCACAUACAUGCUCCUCCGCAACUUACACACACUCGUAAGAUGCUAAAACAAACUUUUGUGAAAAGACUCGACCGCCGAACUUUUAAUCGAAUUAUAGUGUACGUGCUAUUCUAUUGUCAUGUUAUCGAAAAGUACUCAGCGGCUGAGAUGCCGCACGAGUGCGCCUACCGCAGCUCCGAAGCCGAAACGGUGGAGAAUGUGGUACUCUUCUGCAAGAUUCGUACCAUAAGCAAUUUGGAUCACUUGUUACGAAACAUCACUCGGACGCAUUUUGACGACGUGAUCUCUUUACACGUCCAGUGCAGUGAAAUAUUGUUUUUCGAGAGCACUCUAAAUGCUCACACUGAAAAAGCGCCCAAUAAGCAAGCAAACUUGGCUAAGUUACGGGACUUAGUUAUAGAUAAGUGCAAAAUUCGACAAAUACCGGCCCGCGCUUUCGAGAACUUCAAAGAUCUGAAGAGACUGCACGUGACAACCCAUAAUAGUGAGUGGUCAGCCAUGACGAUGGAGUUGCACGAACAAGCGUUUUCCGGCUUGAAUGAGUUGAUAGAACUAAACCUCAGCGACAACAACAUCUGGAGCACCAAGACAGAAACUUUCUGUUCUUUGUACAGUUUGAAAACUUUGAAUCUUACCAGAAAUCACCUUCAAAACAUAAAGACUAUUGGAUUCUCUGAUUCUUUGAGAGAACAAAACCUUAGUGUAAGAGUUUGUAAUUUAGUUAUAGAAAUACUCGAUAUCUCGUACAAUGAUCUGAUUGUUGUAACUGAUAACAGUUUGUCAAAAUUACGUUCGUUAUCGAAGUUAAUGCUGCAAAAUAAUGCGAUUUCUACCCUUGAAGAUGGAGCCUUCGCGGGCCUGCUCAAUUUACAGGUUUUGAAUUUGUCUAGUAACUUUAUGAACUCUCUUCCUCCCGACAUAUUUUCAGACACAAAAUUCUUGACCGAAAUACAUUUAAGUAACAAUACAAUUAAUAUCUUGCAUCCGGGUCUUUUUGAGGGCUUAGAACAACUUCAAAUAUUGGAUCUUUCUCAUAAUGAACUUACUAGUCAGUGGGUAAAUAAAGGUACAUUUGUAGGCUUGUUGAGAAUGGUAAUUUUAAAUAUUUCUUAUAAUAAACUCUCGAGGAUAGAGCGACAUACGUUCCAAAGUUUGUACAGUUUACAAAAGUUAAAUUUAGAACAUAAUGAGAUCACCUCUAUUGACGAGCAUGCGUUCGAAGAGUUGCGGAAUUUGCAUUCUUUAACACUUUCAUAUAAUUAUCUAGUUCACUUACAAUCCGAGUUGUAUACAGAUUUACACGUGCUGCACGAGUUGUUUAUUGAUAACAAUAAAAUUAAACACAUAGACGACAACGCUUUCGAUAAUAUGACGACUGUAGAAGAUUUAGGAUUAAAUGAUAACUUUUUAUCAUCAAUACCCACGUCUAUUCAUAAACUUAGAUCUUUAAAGUCACUGGAUAUUGGAAAUAAUAAUAUAAGUCACCUUAAUCGGGAAAACUUCAGAGGUCUUUCUGAACUGUUUGGUUUACGCCUAGUUGAUAACAAAGUUACGCAUUUAAGCGAAGAUACUUUUGAGCAUUUGCCACAGUUGCAAGUUUUGAAUUUAGCUUCAAAUAAAAUAAAAUAUGUAACCCCAGGCUGUUUUCGAAAAAAUGUAAAUCUUAAAUUAUUACGCAUGGAUGGUAACAACAUUACUACAUUUGAUGGAAUAUUCAUCACUUUGAAUAGUCUAGUAUGGCUUAAUAUGUCGUCAAACAAAAUAGUUUCGUUCGAUUUUCGAAGUUUUCCAGAGAGCUUGGAAUGGCUAGAUUUGCACGAAAAUUAUAUUGAAAAUUUUAUUAAUGAUGACAUGUAUUCAAAUGUAAAUAUAAAAUUGUUAGAUUUAAGUCAUAAUAAUAUAAGUCAACUUACUAUCACUUCUAUACCAAAGUCGGUAGAAAAGCUAUAUUUAAAUGAUAACAAAAUACAACACAUCCAAGUUGGAACAUUUUCAAAGUUACAAAAGCUUUCAAUCGUGACGUUAAAUAAUAAUAAUCUAGUACAACUUGACGUGAAUGCAUUCAGGUUAGAUCAAAUAGAUGAAGAUAGUGAUUUACCAGAGUUCUUUAUAAGCGGAAACCCAUUUGUUUGUGACUGUUCAAUGGAAUGGAUUCAGCGCAUUAAUUAUUUGAGCCACAGUCGACAAUACCCGCGUGUGUUGGAUCUAGAUAAAGCUUUGUGUUCGCUAGUACAUUCACGAGCAAAACAGAAAAAGUUAAUAAUAGACAUGUCACCUUCUGACUUUCUCUGCCCGUACGAGAGCCAUUGCUUUGCUCUGUGUCAUUGUUGUGAUUUUGUUGCGUGUGACUGUGAAAUGAUUUGCCCAAAUAACUGUAGAUGUUAUCAUGACAUAACAUGGAAUGCAAAUGUGGUAGAUUGCUCUAAUGCUGGUUACACAGAAGUACCGGAGCGAAUCCCAAUGGAUGCAACUGAAAUAUACUUAGAUGGCAACCAUAUAAGUAAUUUAGGUAAUCAUGUAUUUAUUGGUAAGAAAAAACUUCAAAUUUUGUAUCUAAAUAACACAAAACUGAAAGAAGUAAAUAAUCAAACUUUUAAAGGGGUAGAAUCUCUCAGGGUCCUGCACUUAGAAAAUAAUAAAUUGGUUGAAUUAAAAGGAGACGAAUUUUUACACCUUAAUAAUUUGAAUGAACUAUAUUUGGACCACAACGCUAUUGUUCAUGUUGCAAAUAAUACUUUUUCUUCCUUGAAAUCCCUUUCUGUCCUUAGAAUUGACGAUAAUAAACUUGUAAAUUUUUUCCCGUGGAAAUUAUUAGCAUCGUCUUCCAAAAGUUUAGCUCACGUAUCUAUAGAAGGUAACCAAUAUUCUUGUGACUGCAAAAGUAUAGCCGAAUUAGAUUCGUGGCUUAGGAGGGAUCCAGGGGAUCCGGAAAAAAUGUUGUGUACAGAUACUGAAGGAAAACCCACGAAAAUUACUAUUGCUUCAGUACUUAGCCAUUGUAAGGAAUAUAUGGGGUCAAUUGGUGACCCGACCGUAUCUAAAGACGAAAUUGUUUCGAAAUCUAUAUUUCUUCCAGAUAAUUAUUUUGCUAUUAUAUGUGGUGUAAUUAUUAUAAUCGUAUUUAUUUGUCUUAUAGGUGCUAUAUUCUAUGCUUUUAGAUACGAAGUCAGUGAUUGGCUGUACACCAAGUAUGGUGUACCAUUGUUCAAGGAACAGUCCUGUCCUAAUGUUGAUCAUGUAUUAGAGGGAAACCCUAGCCACAUGUAUGACUACUACGUGAUAUGUAAUACCAAAGAUAUAAAUUUCGUGUACCAUAAUAUAAUGUCUGAAAUAGAAUACAGGAAAAUGACCUCAAAGAAAUACUCUCCAAACGAGCCUUCCCUCAACAUUUUAACGCUAGACAGCUUUUCAAAAUCUUCAAAAUUAUCUAAACGUCUUCUUAUUGUUCUCACAACAAACUUUAUUUGUAAUGAUCUCUGCGAUAUUCAUUUCCAAAAUAUAUUCUAUAGUUAUUUAAAAUCUCUUAAUCGUAGCGACUCAAACAAGGUAAUAUUCAUUAAGAUAGUAGAGAACAGUCAAAUAAGCGACGAGCUCGGUUUCUUGUUAGAUAAAUUCAAAAAUAUAUCUUGGAACGACGUUCGCUUUUGGGACCGACUCAUUUCUUUGGUGAAUUCAACAGAUACUAUAAUCACAGUAAAGAGUUCUGAAAAGAGCGUAUUCAAGAAGUCGUUACGACAGACUCCGACGCUGAGAUACACUACAAUGCCGGUUUCGAACGAUAGUUGCUCAAAGGCGAAUUUCACAAACUCAUUGCAGUAUUUCAGAAGAAGUGACGGGGAGUCUUCCCAGAAUGAAAGUUCUCCUUCGUCCGACAACAAUACGUAUAGGGAAGGGGAUAAUUCGAACAAUAGCUACAUGUCGAUCGACAACAGGACAUGUCCUCGGUUUAAUUAUGACCUGAGGCUAUCUCCUAACAGCGGUCACGUAUAUUCCAGGGUUGAGGAUAUUUCCCCGACCGUACCCCGGUCUAUCACGGCUGGCGCGUCCGGUAAAGGACGCACAUAUUUUGUUUGAAUUACUAAUAAUUUCGGCGCCUGCACCCUAAUUUCUCCUGUUUAGAGGUGUAAAUAUAUGUACUGUACUUAUAAAUGUUACUGUCAAUUUUCACAUACGUAAUCUAAGCUGUACGAUUGUCAAGUUUGUUAUAAAGAUACAAUAUUUUGUACAAACGUAUAAAAAUGUUGAAGUCUGAUAAGGAAAUAUUCGGUAUUAUUUAUUUAACGAUAGUAUUUCAAGUUUAUCGUUGUGAAGAUGAUUCACAAAGCAGGCACUGUAAAACAACACCAAAUAGUUUAAGACACAUACCCAUCUUUCCAAUUAUUAAAUUAAGUAAGUGUAUUUUGGUAAAUAUAAAUAUAAUUGUCUUUGAACACAAACAUUUCAAAGUAUACUUUUAUGAUGUUAUUUCAAUAUUAUUUACGUUCCUGUCAUGAUUGUUAAUUAAAUUAUUUUCCUCUUGUAUUCCAAGUACCUACCUAUAAGGAAAUAAAUAUACUUGUUUAUAAUACGAUUGCAUUUACUAUUGUGCUUGUUUAUUGUGUAUCUUAAAUAAUUAUUUUGUAUAUAAUGGUAAAUGAAUGUUUGCUAUGUUAUAGUUUCUGAGCAUAGAUAUAACGCUUUAAACAUAUUAUUACAGUAAGCUAAAUCGUGAUAUUAGAUUUAAUAAUCGUAACUUAAUAAAUGUAAUUUUGGAUUGUAAUUACUAGAUUUUAAUGGAAAUUAUUGUUUUGUAUAAAAUGUACAAAUUAUCUUGAAAUCGUAAUAAAAUUAUACUGACGUUUUGAUACUUAU